UAGUGGACUGCACUGUUAUUUUGGCUGUUUCGAAUACAACAACAGAUCCCAUAUCUAUCCGACAUUGCCGAAACAUUUCAGCUUUUUAGACCAUUUUGGUAUACUAGUCGCGGUGUGUUUUAAAUACACUUUUAUCAUAUCUAGUAAUUACCUCGUGAUUUCAUAUGUUCAUAUUAAUCAGCAAGCUGGCAGACAUAGGUUAUCUUCAAAUUAGAUUAGCACUAGCCUAGUUGCUAAUGAUAGCUAGAUAGUUAGCUAACAUCCCCGAACAUGAGCUCACUGAGCUACUUCCCCCCUGCUAAAGAAGAGGAUGUCUACUGGACAGAGACAGACGCUCUCGUGAAAAAGGAGAAGGAAGAGGAGGCUGUCACAGUAAAAACAUUUUUUGAAGACUUUACAAUGAAAGAAGAGGAAGACGCUUUCAGAGUGAAAGAGGAGGAAGAGAAUGAGGAGGAUGCAGUGGUUGGCGUGAAAGAGGAGGCGGGUGAGAUGACUGUCUCAUUGAAAGAAGAAGAGGAGGAGGGUGACAAAGAGGAGACUGGAAAUCUUAACACCAGAGAGAGACCAGACUCUCGCUCUGAGAGUGGGAAGAGUCCAACAGAAGAACCAGAAGCAGAGAAGCCCAAAUCUGCUAGACCACAUCAAUGCUCCCACUGCGGAAAUAGUUUUCCUUGUUUAGUGGACCUGAAAAGGCAUAAGAGUAUACACACAGGAGAAAAGUUUUACCACUGCUCUCAGUGUGGAAAGAGCUUUUCAACUUCACAGUCAUUACAAUUGCACCAGAGAGUACACACAGGUGCAAAACCUUACCACUGCUCUGACUGUGGGAUGAAGUUUGCGCUGUCAGGUAAUUUGAAAAGACACCAACUGGCACACACAGGAAAGAAGUCUUACAGAUGUGAUCAAUGUGGGAAGAGUUUUACUACAUUCAACUCCCUGAUAAACCAUCAGCGAAUACACACUGGAGAGAAACCUUACCACUGCUCCAUCUGUGGAAAGAGUUUUAAUCAGCCAAGCAACCUGAAAUCACAUCAGCGGAGACACUCAGGGCAGAAGCUUCACCACUGCUCAGAUUGUGGAAUGAAUUUUACUACUUCUGGGGAAUUAAAAAAUCACCAGCGAAAACACACAGGAGAUAAACCUUACAGCUGCUCUGACUGUGGGAAGAGUUUUGCUAGAUUAGAUGGAUUGAUGGUACACCAGAGAAUACACAGAGCAGAGAAACCUUUUAUUUGUGAUCAAUGUGGAAAGACAUUCACUCAGUCAGCACAUCAGGUCAUACACAAGAGAAUACACACAGGGGAGAAGCCUUACCACUGCUCAGACUGCGGGAUGAGCUUUACUAACUCAAGCCACUUGGCAGCACAUCAGAGAAUACAUACAGGAGAGAAGCCUUAUGGCUGUGAUGAAUGUGGGAAGAGAUUUGUUCAUUCAGGAUCCCUGGCUAAACACAAGCAAACCCACACUGGAGAGAGGCCUUUCCAUUGCUCUGAAUGUGGGAAUGGUUUUGUUAGGUUGGCGCAUUUAAAAUUGCACCAAAGAACACACACCGGAGAGAAGCCUUACCACUGCUCUGACUGUGGGAUGAGUUUUACUCAGGCAAGCAACCUUAACAGGCACCAGAGAACACACACAGGAGAGAAGAAUUACUACUGCUCUGACUGUGGGAUGUGCUUUACUUUCUCAAAAACCCUGACCAUACACCAGAGAACACACACGGGAGAGAAGCCAUAUCACUGUUCUGACUGUGGGAAGAGAUUCACUCAGUCAGGAACCCUGGUAAAACAUAAGCGAAUACACACUGGAGAAAAGCCUUACCACUGCUUAGACUGUGGGAUGAGCUGUACUUCUUCUAAAGAUUUAAUAGUUCACCAACGAAUACACACCGGAGAGAAGCCUUAUGGUUGUGAUCAUUGUGGGAAGAGAUUCACUCAGUCAGGAACCCUGGUUAAGCACAAGAGAACACACACAGGAGAGAAGCCUUACCACUGCUCUGACUGCGGGAAGGGAUUUGCUCAAUCUCAGCAGCUGAAAUCACAUCAGCGAACGCACACUGGAGAAAAGCCUUAUUGUUGUGAUCAAUGUGGGAAGAGAUUCACCCAGUCAAGAAGCCUGGCUGAACACAAGAGAAAAUGCAACACUUGUGGGUAACCUUCCCACUUUUGUUAGCUCAAGCAAGUUGAUGGUAGACCAGCGGACACACAUAGGAGAGAAGCCGUGCCUUGCUGUGACUGGUGGGAGUUUUCCUACCUUAAGCUUUCUUAAAGUGCAUCAUUGUGGCCUUCAUCGGUGUGAUCUAAUGCAGGGUUAACAAGGUGCCAGCCCUCUCAAAACUUGUCAGCCUUUAAGAGUUACAAUAUAUUGAACAUUGGGUAAUAAACUGUAUAUGUACAGUUGAAGUCGGAAGUUUACAUAUACCUUAGCCAAAUACAUUUAAACUCAGUAUUUCACAAUUCCUGACAUUUAAUCCUAAAAAUU